AAUGAGCGUCGAGAAAUUAUUCAAUGCGGGAGGGAUUAAUGGCGGCUGGUAGCAAACGAUGGAUCUUUACAGCCGAACAACUUCAAAAUACGCCUUCCCGGCAAGAUGGAGUAGACGGAAAAAAAGAAUUAUAUUAUAGGCAACAAGCUGCUAGUACAAUUCAAGAUUUAGGACAAAAAUUACAAACCGUCUCCCUUGCUUGUUUGUUUUUGGCUGCCAAAGUGGAAGAACAACCGAAAAAAUUAGAAUACUUAGUCCGAUAUAGCUACAUGAUGUCCCACAACAAAGAUCCAAAGAACCUGGACGUGAAAAGCAAAGAAGGCACAAUUGAUUAUAAAGUAGUUUGUGCAGGAUUUGAUUUGACUGUCACUCAUCCUCACAUGCACGUUAUGGAGACAUGCAAUCUAGUCAGAGCUCCCAAAGAUUUAGCUCAGACAUCUUACUUUCUAGCAACAAAUAGUUUACAUUUAACAACUUUAUGUUUACAACACGAAACUAAAGUUGUAUCAGUUGUUUGUAUUCAUUUGGCAUGUAAAUGGUCAAAUUGGGAAAUUCCAGAAUCUAGCGAAGGAAAACCUUGGUGGCAUUACACGGAUAAGAGCAUAACGAACAAAUUGAUUGACAAACUGACUGACGAAUUCCUAGCAGUUUUAGAUCAAUGCCCCAGUAAAUUAAAAAGCAAAAUUAUGCAAUGGGAGAAUAAAAAACCAAGCGAUUCACCUCCCCAGUCUUCUGACAGUCCAGUUUCUACGACUGUUAGCAAACCACCAGUUAAGACAAGUACAGCAAGUGAAACUCAGAAACCUCAAGUGCCGCCAGCAACUUCAUCACAUCAACAUCAUAAUUCUGCACCAGGGAAACUAAGACCUCCUCAUCUUCCUUCCACCGAUACCAGCACAUUACGACGAACAUCAACAGAACCUGUCUUGGCUCACCAUCAUCACAAUACCCAUCAUCAUCAUACCUCUGGGAAUCCAAGCAUGAGCAAACCCCCUCAGUCCCAUCCACAUAAAAAAAUAGCUCCGCCAAGAACUCCUCUCGGAUCCCCACCUCCUGCAAAUAUUCGACGCAGGGCGAAACCGCCGGAGGUGAAGAAACCAGAAGCCACAGGUCCGAAACAAGAACCUAAGAGAGAGAUACCCGAAGUUAAAAAAGAAGCUACUGAACCGUCAAAAAUACUUAAGGACGCUUUGCCCUCCCUUCCAAAGCCAUUAAGUCCAUUGGACAAAGUAAAACCAGAAUCGUCCCCACCCAAGCAGGAUGAACCAAAAGAUUCAGAAAAAGAAAAGCUUGAGCUAGGUAAGAUUACGAUACGUAUCAAAGUACCGACCGCUCCCGAUGAUCCUGCUGCUUUGGCAUCUAAUUCCAAAGAUAAAAAGAAAAAGAAAAAGAAGCAUAAAGAAGGGAAAGAUAAAAAGCAUAAAAAAGAUAAGGAUGAUAGAAAAAGAGCUCAUAGUCCAAUAGCCAGUUCAGAAAGACCAAAAAAAUUUCCAAAAUUAGAGCCUGUAUUAAAUGGUGAUAACGAUAAAGGAUUAAAGGUUAAGCUAAAAAAAUAG